AUGGCCGACGAAGAUAAGGAAAAAGCAGAGAAGGUCGCUGCCGCAAAGAAGCGUUACGAGCAAUUGAAGAAGCAGAAAGCGAAGAAGGCCGGUGGCUCCAAGAAGAAGGACGAGAAGACGGAAGCUCCCGCCGAAGCUGAAGCCUCCACCGCUCCCGAGACGACUGAAGAGAAGCCCGAAGAAACCGCUCCCGAACCCGUUGAAGCUACAAGCGCAUCUCCAGGACCCGUCGAAGACGACGAUGAACCCGCCGAGCUAGCUGCCCCCAAGGCAUCCCAUGGUCGCAAGCCAUCUAUUGCGGUCGAAUCGCGCCAGCGUUCCGAAUCAUUCUACAGAGCGGGGGCUGUUGGCACACCUACAUCGCCAGGUGCUGGAACACCUGGAGGCGGAAUCACAAGCGAGGUGUACAGGGAGCAAGCGCAGAGGAUUGAGGAGUUGGAAAGGGAGAACAAGAGGCUGGCAAGCGAAGUCGAAGAGAAUCAGACCAGAUGGAAGAAGGGCGAAGAGGAGCUUGAGGAGCUGAGAGAGGGUCGGGGAGAUGUUGCGCUUGCGGUUGAGAAAGGCAAGGAGGCGGAUAAGCUGAAAGCCGAAGUCGAAUCGCUCAGGAGGCAACUAUCGCAAGCCCAGUCGCAAAGCGCGAAAAACAAAAGCCGCGCUGCGACUGCCUCACCAAGUCAAUCUUCGUCUAUUGACGACUUGAACGCGCAAGUCGCAUCGAAAUCUGCUACGAUCGAAUCGCUGGAGCUUGAGAUUUCAAACCUCAAUAAGCAACUAUCGGAACAGACGGCCAAGAGCAACGAACUGCAAUCCAAAAUCUCGAGCCUCGAAUCCUCGCUACAGAAAGCUGAGCAAGACGCAAGCUCGACCAAGACCGAGCUUUCAGACCUCAAGGCGAAUCUGGACAAAGCAAGUGAACAAGCGGACAAGGAGGGGUCAGAUCGCGAUACUGCACAGACCCGCGUUGCACAAUUAGAGGCUGAGCUUGGUGCUGCGAACCGCAAGGCCUCGGAUUCAAUCUCGCGCGCUGAGUUGCUAGAGAAGAAGAUCGAGACACUCACUCAGAUCCACCGCGACAAUGACGCCCGCAACCAGACGCGUGUUCAAGAGCACAAAAAAGUCGAGCGCGAAGCCGCCGAACUCCGCACACGCAUCGCCGGUCUCAGCAACGAGAACGCGCGCCUCCGCGAAGCCGAACAACGCCGCCGCAAGGCCGACCUGGGCAAUAUCGAAGACUCAAGCGUACAAGAGCUCCUCGACGAAGAACGCGACAAACUCCUCGCCCAGCUCCGCUCCCUCGAGGAAGAAAACUUCGAGCUGCGCCGCGGCGUGUGGCGCGACAAGCGCACUGCCAUGCAACCCUCCAUCGAAGGAGACUCUGCCUUUGACGACAUCGAUCUGUCAAACCCCUCAUCCCAUCUCCUGCGCAAUCAACCCCCGCCCCGCCACAGCUCGUUCCAAGACGUCAUUCAGUCUGGUAUCUCGGCAUUCACGGGCCAGACGUCACAUCGACGCAGCGACGCGGCGAGUAAUGCUAAGCCGAGACAGGAGAGUCUGGGCAGCUUGGACGAGUUUGAAAUUGAUGAGGAUGCGUUUCGACAGGCGCAGGAGGAGGAGGGUAAGAGGAGGCUUGAGAGGGUUAGGGAGGUUAAGAGGGGGCUGCCUGGAUUUAAGGGGUGGAGAGCGGAUUUCGUGGACAUUCGAGUUGGGAUGGGUGGGGUUUUUGAUAUUUAG